CGUUAUUAUUCUCCACGCAUCCCCUCCAUUUGUUCUCGAGCUGAAGAACAUUCUUAUCACGACAUCAUUCGACUCUGGUUAUCUCGACUCGCCGCCACUGCCUGUAUAUUUGUCUCGCAUGCGCAAAUAUGGGAUCCAACCUGCCAUACGCCGCAGAUGCCGAGAGCUCGCUGAAACCUGCUGAGCUCCAGGUUCUCCGAGCACAAUACGAAAAAGAAGGAGACUAUGUCGGGGUUCAGACCAAGUUCAACUACGCCUGGGGCCUGAUCAAGUCAAGUACCCGGAGUGAACAACAAGAAGGCGUCCGUCUGUUAUCGGAAAUCUUUCGCAGCGCCCCCGAACGUCGUCGAGAAUGCCUUUACUACCUUGCUCUCGGCAACUUCAAGCUAGGUAACUACGCAGAGGCUCGCCGAUACAAUGACCUGUUACUUGACCACGAGCCUGGGAAUCUCCAGGCUGCGAGCUUGCGCCAACUGAUCGACGACAAGGUCGCAAAGGAGGGCCUGGUGGGAGUGGCUAUUGUCGGCGGUAUAGCCCUGGCAGCUGGCUUGGUUGGCGGCCUGCUCGUCAAGGGCGCUCGACGACGAUAGAUUGGAAUGAUGGGAUGAGCUGUAGUGACAUAGGACCUUUCCACUCCGUACAUAUAUACUUUUUUUUGUUAUUGCGAUGAUUACGGCACGGGCGACGGCGUUCUUUUGCUAUAUCUACGUUGCAAUGAGGGCUUAAUACCAAUGAAACUAUAUUCUUAUUUUCCUAAGA